CACCACACCACCGUCGUCGCCGCCGCCGACGAGAUGUCCAGGCCUGUCAGGAAUAGGAAGGUCAUUGACUACUCACAGUUUGAAGAUUCUGAUGAAGAAGCUUAUGGAAGAGACUCGCCACCUCCAACCAAGCGAGCGCGAGCGUCUCCGCGGGAGGGAAAAACUAAAAGAAAAUCUGCAAAGAACGCACGGGAUGAAAGUGAUGAAUCAGAUGACAAGGUAUACGAGAAGGACCUAAAGGCUGCCAUUGCACUGUCCAAGAAGGACACAUCCCAUUCACCUGGGGACAAUGAAAGUGCAGAUGAAAAAGAAGUCCAUAAAGACGGUCGUCAGAAGAGGCAAGCUGCUUCUAAAGCUGCAUCCAAACAGAGAGAGAUUCUGCUGGACGACGGAGGGAGUGAUGAAGAGCAUGAUGAGGAUGAAGAGGCUAUUCAGGAGAAAGGAGAUUCUGGUAGUGAUGCAGACUUCUAUGUGGAAGAGGAUGAUGACAGUGACUAUGAAAGCUCCUUGAAGAAGAGCAAAAAGGGAAGAAAGACAAAGGUGGUACCAGAAAAGAAAGAAAAGAAAACGCCUAAACCUCGGCUCAGCGCCACAGUUACUCCUGCAACUCCCAGUCCAGUAAAAGGCAAGGGAAAGGGUCGAAAUGCUGCCACAAAGGCAUCACCACCUUCCAAAGGUCAGCCACUCGAGAGCUCUGCAAAAGAAUCAAAGAAAGAGAAGAGUCCUCCACCAGACACAAACGAGGAUGAAGAGCCAGACGAGGAAGAAGAAGAGGACGAAGACGAUAUUAAUUCUGGGGAUGACUGAACAAUACAAGGGGAUAUUUUUUAUAUAAGUAGUUAGAAUAUGACUUCACUGACAGCUCAGUUCACAAGGCUUUAGACACGAGG